AUGGCUCCUUCACUUCUUGAUACCCAGCCUAUAGCACCCCAUCAAAUUUCCUCUCCAUCCCAAAAAACCAUUGAUCGCAAAGUCUUCCCAGAUGGUAUCAAAACUUCGGGUCAACAUCCACCACUUUACGAUCAAUUGAGACCUUACUCUGAUUUUCCAAAAGAAAUCACCGGAGAAACAGUGUGGAAAGCAGAAGAUUAUAUCAAUAACCCAGAAAGAUGGGUUCAUGUUUUCAAUGAGGAGGAAAUCGCAGAACUGAGUGCUGUAGCGGAUAAGUUCAUCGCGGAUAAAAUCCCUCUGACGGGUAUUUCUCAAGAUACCUUCCGCCUCUCAAAAGUUUCUACUCUACUAGCAUCAAUUCGAGCGGAAACUUUGAACGGAAAGGGCUUUAUCCUUUUCAAAGGAUUUCCAGUCGAGAAAUGGGGGAAUCAUAAAUCUGCCGUUGCAUAUAUGGGAUUAGGAACCUACCUUGGAUAUUUUGUUAGUCAAAAUGGUCGAGGUCAUGUUCUUGGACACGUUAAGGAUCUUGGCGAGGAUUCAACACAAAUUGAUAAAGUUAGAAUUUAUAGAACCAACGCCAGACAAUUCUUCCACGCCGAUGACUCUGAUAUUGUCGGCCUUCUGUGCAUCGCAAGAGCGCUCGAAGGCGGAGAAUCCGAUAUCGUUUCUUCGCACCACGUUUGGAACACUUUGCAAAAAGAACGCCCUGAUGUAGCAGAAACACUUACCAAACCUAUCUGGUACUUUGAUAGAAAGGGAGAAGUCAGUGUUGGUGAAGAACCAUACAUCAAGACCUCUGUCUUUUAUCUCGAGACCGGCCCCAAUGGUCGUGUAUACUCAAAAUGGGAUCCAUACUACGUGAAGUCUCUCACUCGAUUUUCGGACGCAGGAGUCAUUCCACCUUUGUCACCCGAACAGGUUGAGGCUGCUAAGGUUCUGGAAGAGACUUGUCACCGAUUGAGAUUGCACAUGAUUCUCGAGAUUGGUGAUAUCCAAUUCUUGAGUAACGAACACGUACUUCAUGCUCGUACUGCAUAUAAAGAUCAUGCACCACCAGCACCAAGAAGGCAUCUUAUGAGACUAUGGCUGGCGACACCGGAGAGUGAGGGAGGAUGGAAACUACCGUUCCAUGAUUCGAACGAGAAGAAGAGAGGUGGCAUUCAGGUCAAUGAUCAGGCUCCUGUUGCACCACUGGAUGCAGAAUAG